CAAAACCAACCUGCUGCCUUUCAGACCAGGAACUUGCAGUGCAGAGAGCACAUGCAAACUAUAGCCAUAGACUAGUGGUUUGUGGUUGUCUACAGACACAGAAUCUGGAAAGUUUAUGUUUCCGCUGCGUCAUUUCACUUCAUUGUAGGUGUGGUAAAUGCUUUCUUCCAUUGGCUGAUAUAAUUGAGACCAAACCCCAAGUAAAACGGAAACUGGAUUUGUAACGAAGCUGAGCCAGUGAAGAAACAAGUAUCUCAGUAGCUGUAUAGAUCAUUCAACACGAACAAUAUACAGCUAGAGAGCGGGAUCGUUUGUCUCCAGCAUCUGAUCUGAUGUCUGCUGGAGAAGCCAGUCUGGUUAUAUGGAAAACAAUGUUAUUUUAAAGAUAUUUCCUUAAUUGUACCAUUGGAAGAAAAAAAAGGAUUGCUUAAAAACAUUUUCUAUUUGAUGCUGAUACGUGACAUCCUUAUGUGAGCAAACAGGAAAAUGCAUUCGCGUGCUUAAACAGGGGAUUUACCACUUCCUCUACUGAUACCUUUUACUUUCUGCUGAAGUGAAAGACGGAAUUGUGUUCAGAUCAGCUUCGCUUAUUCUCGGUGGUCUGACAAGACUUAAAAGGUAUAGUCACGGGAAGAAAAGGAGAAGUAAAACAUACUUAUUCGAUAACAUUGAUUUUGUUUAUUUAUUAGAGGUUACACAGUCCAUAUCCAAAAAUGGAGAGUUCGAACACCAGUAUCUGUGUGAUCAACGACAACAUGGUGCCCUUCGCCACAAUCUACAUCCUCAUCUUCCUGAUUGGAAUGGCUGCGAGCCUGGUGGCGCUGUGGGCCUUCAUAACCAGCCGAAGUGCUAAAAAGUGCAUUAAUGUUUACCUCAUCAAUCUUCUGACGUCCGACUUCCUCCUCAUGUUGGCAUUACCUGUCAAGAUUGCCAAAGACCUGGGCAAUGAUUCUCUGAGUUUGACAAUCUUUCUCUGCCGAGUGAGUUCACCGCUCAUCUACAUCAACAUGUACGCGUCUAUCAUCUUUCUAGCUUUUGUCAGCGUGCAGCGCUAUCUCCAGAUCACCCACAGCUCCAAACUGCUACGAUUGCAGGAAGUGGGCUUUGCGGUGCUGAUGUCUUCGGUGGUCUGGUUCCUCGUGCUCUUCAUCAACGUGCCCAACAUGGCCAUCCCUAUCAAAGAAAACGUUGAAGACAAAGUUGGCCUAACGUGUUCAGACUUAAAAGGUGAUUUGGGCAAGCACUGGCAUGCAUUGUCUGUGUUUCUGGGCAUGGCCAUCUUCUUCAACUCCUCGGUAGCGGUGCUGGUGUCCAAUGGCCUGGUCUUGAAGCGGCUCUGGGGUCGGCGUGAAUCUGAACCUGAGGAACAGGCUAGUGCCCAACAUGCCUUCAUUAACAUCGCAUUGGUGACUUUGGCAUACGUGGUGUGCUUUGUGCCGUACCAUGUUGUGCGUAUGCCGUACACGUUUACGCAAAUAAAGGUCAUCAUAACCGAAUGCACAUUAAGGAAGAAUCUGUUCCUGGCUAAAGAGUCGACCCUGCUUCUCGCCAUCCUGCACCUGUGCUUCGAUCCAGUGCUGUACUUUGUCAUCUGCCGUGCAUUCAGGCUUCAGAUCACGAAGGCCUUCUCAAAGAGAGGAAGCGUUCCGACCACAGACACAGAGUGAAAAUUCAACCGGAGGAGAGUUAUGGACCAAGUAGUGCAAAAUAAUUUACUGAAUGCCAAUGUCAUGUAAAGAAAUACUUCAGAGUAGUAAUGUAGGAAAAGCCAGAAGACUGAAGCCUGUGUAAAAAGAAUCCACAAAGAUCAAUGCCCCAAAAAAACUAAACAAAAAACUGUGGCAGUACUUGUUGUAGAAUUUUGGGGCAAAAUACAAUAUGUACUGUAUAUAUGUAAACAUGACUAUAUCUAAAGAAGACGUACUGUACAAUCAUGCUCAGAGGUGUUAACUGUACAAAAAAGACCAAGAGCCAGGAGUCAGACUCCCAUCAUCCAAAGGACAACCGCACCUCAAACAUGAAACUGAAUAUGUUUUAGUUUUAGUUAUUUUUCAUUCAGUGAGGAAUUGUUUGUGUAAGUUGUGUUCCAUAUCCCAAAAUCAUAUUCAAUAUCAAUAAUUAUAACUUUUUCACAAUUCACAAAUAUAUAUAUUUCUUGCAUUCCCACUUGCUCAAAUAGUGAAAGAAAAACUCCACGAUAGCUUUUUUUCAAGGAAAAGAAAAUUGAGAGAGACUGAUAACGACAGUCAGAAGCGAGAACUGCUUUUUGAACUUUAGAAAUUCUGCUCCAUUAUCAGUUAAAUGAAUAAGUAACAAAAAAAAAAAAAACAUGUGAAUGUAUUCCUAUUACUCUGUACAAAGCUGUGGACGAGUGCUUAGUAAAAUGAACUGCUGGCUGGCUCUGUGGGUGCCAUCAUCUGGUGAGGAGUGCCCUCUUACAGUCCAUUAUGGGUAAUCUCUAGGCACUGAGCAUCAGAUGAACACUUGUUUUUGCAGUGCAUUGUGGGAUUUUAUAUUAUGGUUUCAGACACCUCUAUAAAUGGUUGUCACAAUAUAUAGUGUCCUAUUUAAGGGUAUGGUUAUGUUUGUUUGUUUUUUUCAAUAAAUCAUU